UUCAUCUCUUCAUCUCUUUGCUACACAUUUGUUUCAGCAGCAGUCCUUACUUUUUUUAAUAUUUUAUUUUUUUAAUACUAUUCAUUACAAAUGAGUAGCAGAGAAAACAGCGAUGAUGAUACCAGCAGCAAACGGAGCGUCGCGUAUGUUUACAGCCCAGGAUAUAUCGAGACCUGCGAUACUUUAUCCAAAGUCCCAAAUCGGGCGAGCAUGGUCCACUCACUGAUUGAAGCCUAUGGACUGUUGAAGCAUAUGAGCGUCGUGAAACCUCAACUCGCCACCAUUGAAGAUAUGGCCAAGUUCCACACAGACUCUUACCUGGAGCAUCUUCACAAGAUCAGCCAGGAUGGAGACAACGAUGACCCGCAGUCAGUGGACUAUGGACUAGGCUACGAUUGUCCUGUGGUGGAGGGCAUAUUUGACUACGCCGCUUCGGUAGGGGGCGCCACGCUGACCGCAGCGCAGUGCCUGCUGGACCAAAAGGGUGAAGUGGCCAUCAACUGGGCCGGAGGGUGGCACCAUGCCAAGAAGGACGAAGCAUCAGGUUUCUGUUACGUGAACGAUGCUGUGCUGGGAAUCCUCAAGCUGAGAGAGAAAUAUGAAAGAGUGCUUUACGUGGACGUGGACUUGCAUCACGGAGAUGGUGUCGAAGAGGCCUUCAGCUUCACAUCCAAAGUCAUGACGGUUUCUCUGCACAAGUUUUCUCCAGGAUUCUUCCCUGGUACAGGCGACCUUUGCGACACCGGGCUGGGGAAAGGCCGCUGGUACGCCGUGAACGUCCCGCUCGAGGACGGCAUAAAGGAUGACAGAUACUACCAGGUUUUUACCAGUGUCUUGCAGGAGGUCCGGCCACAGUUCAACCCAGAGGCCGUAGUGAUGCAGCUGGGCGCCGACACCAUGGCUGGAGAUCCCAUGUGCUCCUUCAACAUGACCCCAGUGGGGGUGGGCAAAUGUCUGCAGUAUGUCCUGCAGUGGCAGCUACCUACGCUGCUGCUGGGAGGAGGAGGUUACAACCUGGCUAACACGGCGCGCUGUUGGACCUACCUGACAGCAGCAGUUCUUGGAAAGACCCUGUCAUCUGAAAUACCUGAUCACGAGUUUUUUACAGAAUACGGGCCAGACUACUCGUUGGAGAUCAGCCCGAGCUGUAGACCAGACCGCAACGAUAGCAAGCACCUGGACCAGGUCAUCAGCACCAUCAAAGGGAAUUUGAAGAAUGUGGUUUAGGAGAUUCAGCCUCGUACACACACACACACACACACACACACACACACACACACAAGCACACAAGCCCCGUGUUUCUGAACCAGGUCGACACUCGGCAGCUUUAAUGAAGACAAUAUGGAGUGGACCCCUCCAGCCCCAAGGCCCGGAUCGAGCGAGCGAGGGAGGGGAAAAGAGAACAAGAGGGUUUGGGAAAACAUUAGCCAAGUGUUUCCAGGGGAAAACAGUUUAAUAAGGGGGGGUGGGGGGGGGGUGUUCAAUGUUUUUAAUUCUGCAUGUUCCGGAAAAAAAGGUAUGUUCGAGUGAGGCAUCGGUGGGACAUAAAUGGAAAAGCAGGUUUUUCGGGAGUCCGGUUUCCUGAUCGCCCCGGUCCUGCUGCGAUCGCAGACCCCUCCAGGACGGAUGAACACUAAAGCAGACAGACGGGCUGAGUUCCCCCCCCCGAGUGCACCGAUCAAGCCUUUUUGUUUCUCUGCAGGUCUGAAAGAAAAAGUUACACUUUGUCCAGAAAUACUUAAAAAUUAGCUGGUUAUACGUUUUGUAAGCCUCGGGUCAAACUCCGAAACAUCUGGAUUUGUUGCAGGGAAGGAUUUUUUUUUCCCCCUGAUUUAAAAGACAACAACAAACAUUGCAUGAUCUUUUGAAAGGAGGUUGGUCGAAACAGCAGACCUAAAGUGAAACUAAACUGGCUUCCUCCAACAGGACUCUACUGUAAAUAUAACUCACCUGCAGCUACGUUUCAGCUGCCUUAGGGGCGUAAUGUGGCUCCCCUGCAAGUGCGGUUGCACCUCAAUCCUGCUAAUGUGCUUGAACAAGCAACAACUUCGAUUGCUCAGAUCUGUGUUGCCCUGAUUUUCUUAUGACAUUUGCAUUUAACUUUUAAGACUUUUUAGAGUUUUUAUUUGUUCUAUGUAAACCGAACAGCCUCAGCAUUGAGACCACUGACCCAGUCGGCAUGGAAACAAGACCUCUCAGGGUCUUGUGAGGUCUACAGUACAAGGAUGUUGGUAGUAGAUCUUUGGGUUUCCUGGUCUUUAACAUUGUUCAGGUGACCAAUGUGACCAAAUCCACAUGAAUAUAUAACUUUACUAGAAGAAUAUUUAAUCUGAACAGGUUAAUUUUACUUCGACCUGCAGUGACUUCAAUGCUGUGGUUGUUUGGUGAAAAGUUAUUCCUUAUGUAAGUUUUUUUCUUUUGUUUUUUUUUAAAUAUUUGUGCUGUUCUAAAUAACUCAUCUGUGAUACCAAAAUAUAUUCUAUUGCCAGUAAUACAUUUUUUUAAAACUCAGAUUAAAGAAGUAAAACUGCUUUUGCUUUACACUGUUUCACCCUGUACCCCCCCCCCC